AUGAACGAAUGCAUUAAGAAUGGAUUGCAAAGCGCUUAUACUCAGCUGUCGAAAGGUAUAACCAUCGGACAUUGAACAUUUGAACAUUCUAAAAUAAUAUUAUCUCGGUGUUAUGACGGUUCCGGCGAUUUCCCUAAAAUUGCUUUAGGUAUUCCGAGUCUUGGACUACUGCCGACCGACCCGUUGCGAGUCACCUCGUUGGGAAUAAACCAAGGUAUCGGUGCCGUUAAACUAAAACUCGAUUUCAAAGACCUAGACAUUUUAAACUUGCAUACAACUAUCAUCACGGAUCUAAAGUGAGCGAUGUGUAGUUAUUUAAACAAUUUGUCAUCGCUACUUAUAUUACGUAUUACAUUUUUAUUGUUGUUACAGAUACGAUCCGGUGAACUAUUCGAUGAAUAUCACCUUAGAAGCUCAAAAACCAAUUAUAUUACAAGGUUUAUACAAAGCUGACGGCAAAGUAUUAAUCCUGCCGAUAACUGGAAAUGGAACGUGUAAAUUUAGUUUAGGUAACUCGCGCGAUAUCUCGUGUACUCACCUAUUUGGAUGAUUUUUGUAUUUUGGUAACGAUGAAAUUUUAAUCUUUGUUACUCCUUAUUUUUUUUAAAAAUAAAAAAAAACAAAAAAUCGUUUAGUCCUAUUUAAGCUUCCAAUUUUAGCUACGAUUCGUUCGUUCUCUUGUAACGAGGUAAAGUUUUCCACUUAAAUACAUUUUUUUUUUCAUUAUAAAUAAGAAGAGGAUGAAUAAAUUGUAUACUUGUAUAGAGGUUGAUCUACAUUUUCUAGAAAACUAGAAUGUUAAGUACAUCCGGUAUUCCGUGUCACUUUCUUUCUGUUAAUUUGUUAAUUUAUUUUUAGUGCCUUUUGUAGCUUGUUGCCUUUUAAAGGUCGGUUUCUAAGGUCGACAUUUUUAGUCGAAGUCCAGUUAUCACUAUAAAAUAUAAUAAUUUAUGGUGAAUACAACACAAAACGUAAACAUAAACUAAAUCCAGAAUAAAAGAAAAACCAAAUGUAUUUUAUUACAAGUUUUUAGGCAAAAAUAGAAAAUUUGAAUAAAACAUGUAUAUCACAAAACGUUCUGUUGAUACAGAAUGACCCAUAUCUGCAUACGAUUUUCAAUGCAACACACUAAAAUCAUCGGUUUUCCAGAUAAUUUGAUCAUAUUAUAACUACACACGAUACAUUUGUUUCGUCAACGAUUUAUGGUUUUUAUAAACAAAAUUAAAAAUAAAAUAAAAACCUAGGCAUUUUAAAUUGAAAAAUCUACCUCGUUACAGGAAGACAGAAUAAUUUUUUCAGAAAGCUCAAAUAGGACUCAAUAACUUUUUUGUUUCGAAAAAGUCAGAGGGUGGCAAAGAUUAAAUUUCCGCCGUUACUGAAAUAAGAAUAUCUAUGUAUACUUACUAUAAGUAUUUUAUGAUAUGUUUUGUAAAAAUUGUAAUUUCAACGUAUUUUUACUAUUUUUAUUUCAGAUGACUAUAAAUCGUUUAGUUACGUGCAAAUGAAGCCUAAAGUCAAAAAUGGUAAUACAUUUUUAGAAAUUGACAAUUUAUCGUGGAAGUUUACUACUUCGAGAUUGCAUAUGAGACUGAACAAUUUGUUUAACGGAGACAAAAUUUUGGGUGAGUAGGUGUGCAUAUUUUUUUUGUUCCAACCUCCCUCUUUUUUCUAAAAAAUAUAUUCCAAAUAAAAGUUAUCAAUUUUUGUUUUCAAACUCAAUGGUAGUGCUUGAAGGACCGAUAAUGAUGAUAAUAUUUUUCAACUUUGAUUUUUAUGUUGCGCAGGAGAAAACAUGAAUUUAUUUUUGAACGAGAAUUGGACAGAUUUGCUGAACGAAAUGCAGCCGACUUUCGAAGAAGCUCUACGGGCAGCUCUCAUUGCAAUCGCCCAACAGUUCUUCAAUCGAAUUCCACUAAACGACAUUUUUACGGAGUAA